AUGGCGGCCGACAGUGAUCCUGAGUCUGAGGUGUUUGAGAUUACAGAUUUCACCACUGCGUCCGAAUGGGAAAGGUUUAUAUCCAGAGUCGAGGAAGUGCUGAAUGACUGGAAACUGAUUGGCAGCAACUUUGGCAAACCACCCGAAAAGGGAGAAUAUACCAGCCGCACUUGGGAUGAGAAGUCCAGGGACAUCAACUUUGCUGAUUUCAGGUUCUCCAUAACGCACCACUAUCUGAAGCAGGAGUGUGUGGAGAGUGAGGGGAGGGAGGAUGUAGAAGAAGAUGCUUUCCCUCUGGCCAUGCAGGAUCUGCUGUGCAUGAACAAUGACUUCCCACCCAGGGCACACUGCCUCGUCAGAUGGUAUGGAGUUCGGGAAUUUGUGGUGAUAUCACCAGGGGCGAACUGCGAGGCAAUCAUCAGCGAGUCCAAAUGCAACCUCCUUCUCAGUUCUGUCUCCAUUGCUCUCGCCAACACUGGCUGCCAGGUGCCUGUGUUUGUACAGAUCCAACAGAAGUGGAGGAAGAUGUAUUCAGGAGAGUGCCAGGGCCCUGGCGUUCGUACAAACUUUGAGAUGGUGCACCUUCGCAAGGUGCCCAGCCAGUACAACCACCUCUCUGGCCUGCUGGACGUCUUCAAGGGCAAGAUAGGCUGCCCACUGUCACCACUGCCACCCAUAAACAUCGCCAUCCGCUUCACCUACAUCCUGCAGGACUGGCAGCAGUAUACUUGGCCCCAGCAACCUCCUGACUUUGAUGGUCUGCUUGCUGGAGAAGUUGGAGGGGUCGAGUUUGGCAAACUUCCGUUUGGUCCUUGUGAAGACCCAAUAAGUGAGCUGCACCUAGCAACAACAUGGCCCCACCUUACAGAGGGCAUAGUCGUGGACAACGAUGUUUACUCUGACUUGGACCCACUUCAGGCCCCUCAUUGGUCUGUUAGAGUGCGGAAAGCAGACAACCCCCAGUGCUUACUUGGUGACUUUCUCAUGGAGUUCUUCAAACUGUGCAGUCAGAAGGAGUCCACAGAAGAGAUCCUAGGGAGGAACUCAGUGGAAGAGGAAGGCAAAGAAAACAGUGACAUCACGCAAGCUCUGUCCAAGCUGACGGAGCCUGCAGCCGUGCCCAUUCCCAAGCUCUCCGUCUCCAACAUGGUGCACAGCGCCCGGAAGCGCAUCCGCAGACAUCGCCGCCUCGACCAGUCCCCCCUCAGCAACGACAUGCUCAACUCCAUCCUCUUGUAUCUUUUCCCAGAUGCAGCUGUGGAUCGGCCAGAUUUAACUGAUGCCAAAUCCCCCCAGUCCAGCUCAGGGGGAAAGAGUGAACGUGACACAGAAAGCGAUGACUAUGUAGGAGGCGCCAUACAACCCCACCUACCACACAACCUGUUUAACCUGCUGAAGUCGGCUCCAUCCCACAGCCUGACCUUCCGCUUGGCCCUCUGCAUGUGCUUGGUCAAUUUCUACCACGGAGGCGUCAGGGCAGUGGCCCACCUCUGGCAGGAGUUCGUUCUGGAAAUGCGCUACCGCUGGGAGAAUAACUGCCUCGUCUACGGGUUGGCUGCCGGCCCCCCCGACCUCCGCUGUUGCCUCCUCCACCAGAAGCUCCAGAUGCUUAACUGCUGCAUUGAGCACAAGAGGGCAAGGGACAGUGGCAGCGGGCGUGACCGGAAGGAGGCAGCUUCUGAGAAUGGAAUUCUUAGCCCCACCUCCACUGGUGCCGGCCCCACCCUAUCUGAGACCCCGCUGGGAAAGCCUUGGGACUCAUGGAGUGACAGUGAAGAUGAGUUCUUUGAGUGCCUGAGUGACACGGAAGAAAUUAAGGAUGUGCCUGCAGACAGGGCCAAAGGCGGGGCCAAGGAAGUGGGCAGGGCCAAGCCAGAGGGCCGCCUCCAGCCCCACGGGAAGCUGACACUGCUGAAUACAGACGAGCCACUCUAUGUCCCGGUCACACAGGAGCCGGCUCCCAUGACGGAGGACGUGCUGGAGGAGCAGUCGGAGGUGCUGGCCAAGCUGGGCACAUCGGCUGAGGGUGCACACCUGCGCGCCCGCAUGCAGAGCGCCUGCCUCCUUUCCGACAUGGAGUCCUUCAAGGCGGCCAACCCCGGCUGCUCCCUGGAGGACUUUGUGCGGUGGUACUCCCCGAGAGACUAUGUGGAGGAGGAGGUGACCGAUGACACAGGACAGACGGUCGUCCUCAGUGACCUCAGUGCCAGGAUGAAGAUCCCAGGCAACAUGUGGGUGGAGGCCUGGGAGACAGCCAAGGCCACGCCAGCACGCAGACAGAAGAGGCUGUUUGAUGACACCAAAGAGGCCGAGAGGGUGCUGCACUACCUGGCUGUGCAGAAACCCGCCGACCUUGUGAGACACCUGCUGCCCUGUGUCCUCCACGCUGCCAUGCUGAAAGUGAAGGAGGAAGAAGCAUCUGAGGACAUCCACUCAGUGCGCAAAGCUCUCCAGCAGGUCAUCUCUCAGGCCAGCAAGCUUCUUCGCCACCCCAGCCCUGACUGCAGGAAACUGGAAGACAUUAUUAACCAGAUCAUGGCACUGGAAGCCAUCGUGGCCCGUGCCCGCUCCCUUAAAGCAAAGUUUGGCGUGGUGAAGGGAGAUAAAGGAGAGGACUCCGAGGACCUAGAAAAGUUCGUGAGCUCUCUGCUGGAGGAACCGGAGGUAGCCGUGACUGGCGCAGGGCGCGGCCCCGCCGGCACCAUCAUCCACAAGCUGUUCGGCAGCGCUCAGCGGCUGGCUGAUUCCAGUGAUGAGGCUGCCCUAUUGGCUCCACUUGAAGAAGAGGCUGGGCGAGCGGGAGGACCUGAGAAUCGGAAACCAAUGGGAGGAGGUGGUGUUCCAGAUUUCCCUCCCCCGGCCGGACGAGAGAUUCUUCUGCGCACGUGUGUGCCCCGUCCGGCUCCGUACUCCAGAGCCCUGCCCCAGAGACUCUACUGCGUCCUCAUGAGGGAGGACUUCCGGCUCGCCGGAGCAUUUUCGUCGGACACGUCUUUCUUCUGAGGGGAUAUGCUGAAGCACCUGGGAAGGGCAAAGGACAGAAUGAGUUUGUCAAGAGACACACAUUUCGCCGUAUUAUACACAUGCUGGUUGUUCUGAAAAGCAACACAGGAAACCCUAACAUGGUCCAGUUGUCUCUGUAUUCCUGUUAGUGUUGAAUCCAAGUUUCCUUUAAGAGUAGACGAGGAAGCAGUACUGUUGAAAACAAUUAGAAUUAUAACUGGUGAAGGCCCCAGUUUCUAGAGCUGUCCCUCUGGACAGCUUCACCCUUGAGCAAUGUCAUCAUCUCUGAUAGAGGAUAUUCAGAUCUUUUCACAUCUGUUAGGUUAUCACAUCCUCAGUUAUAUCAACUGGUUAGGUUCUCCCCCACUAAUAAGUUGAUGAGAUAUGUGAAACAUCCAUGUUUUAGUUCAGUGAGUUCAUUCCUUAAAUUCUGCUAAACAAAUAGACAUUUGUAAUGUUUAGGGCAGUUAGUCUAUUCUAGGCUAGUGUCUAGCAGUUUUCUGUUAAAGACUAUAUAUGUCCUUGUCUAGGCUAAACUGAAUUGAGACGCAAGGCAACACACCAAAGCGGUGAUAAGGUUGAGGUUUAAACCAGUCUGAACCUGUGUAUCCAAAUGUCUGAACAUUCAUUCUGGUAUUUUGUUGCUUCAGAAAAAAAGCUUUUAAUACUGAGCUGGCUAAUGAUCCUUUUUGUUAACUAUAGCUAUGUAAACAUUUUAAAUAGAUAACAGUUGAAGUGUCACCCAGAGCCGACUAGCAUGCAUCAGCUUGUAAACCAACACCGAAUCGGUAUGUAAAGUUUUGCUCCCUCACUAUCUUCUGCAUUCAAUCACAACGCUUCUCACAAUCUUUCUUGAAGUCCUGUUUCAGGGACGCAGUGAAUCACAGGCCAGUCACCUACUGCGUGUCCAACCAUGACUUAUCCUUUCAGCAGUAUGUCUGUACAGUUUGAGUCGAAUAAAAAAAAUAUUAUAAUAAUCCAGGUUUAAAGUGCAAUUACAUAUUAUACAUUGUAGCCUUACCAGUGAGAGAUGUGUUUCAUGUUAGAAAUCUUUCGGUUUAAAAUGGCAGUAUGUGCUGUUAGUCAUCCCAAUUGCACGGUAAUUCUAUCAGAUCUUGUGAGGGUCUCUUUUGUAUGUUCCAUUAGUAUUUGAUCAUGAAUAGGUUCCACCACUGGAAAAGCUUCUAAAUGUCUGAUGUUGAUCUUAAAUUUAAGAUAUUCCUAGUUUAGCUCUGUUUUCCCAGGAUUAAAUAAAGCAUUUUAAUAUCACCCUAGAA